UGAGAGUUUACGAUCGGCGACAAGCUGCGCUCAGAAAUGAACGCAAUGACAUAAACGAGCCCCAGGAACUACCCGAGUCAAACACCAAACCUGACACUUUGAGCGAUCCAACAUGGUUUUAGAGGCGAUUUCAAGGAUAAUUAAAGUCCAGCUUCCAGCCUAUCUCAAGAGGCUCCCACUUCCGGAGACGAUCGGUGGAUUUGCGAGGUUAACAGUGUCUGAGUGGCUCCGGUUGCUGCCUCUCCUGGGUAUCCUGGCUCUGCUGGGCUAUCUGACUAUUCGCCCAUUCCUGCCUAAGAAGAAGAAGCAGAGAGACAGCCUGAUCAACCUGAAAAUCCAGAAGGAGAACCCGAAAGUGGUGAACGAGAUAGACAUCGAGGACCUGAAUAGCGCAAAUGUGUGUUACUGUCGCUGCUGGCGCUCCAAAACUUUUCCUGUUUGUGACAAGUCACACUUAAAGCACAAUGAGCUAACUGGAGACAACGUGGGACCGCUCAUACUCAAAAAGAAGAUACUAUAAUCGGCCACUGAUGGGAGUUUUUCUCUCACCUCCCCAGUCUUUAGUUUUCAUUUCUUAACUUUUUGUUCUUUGUCUGUUUUUUUCACUUAAGUCUUGGUCUUGCCUGGGUGUCAUGUUUAUGUUGCUCUGAAAUGUGGAGUCUUUAUUUGAAGUGGUCCUUAAAAAACCUGAAAAUGCAAAAUUCCAGUCUGAUUGUGUGAAAACUGUAGUUAAGGUUCCUUAACGUUAAUUUGCAGUUAGGACGCUUUUUCUUUAAUAGACUUUGGAUCAUUGUUUACUUUUGUUGGAUAACAAAGUAGCCUUUUCAUGUGACUGUAAAUUCAAUUUUAGUCAUGUCUCAGUCUUUUGGGAGUCAGUUACGGAUCAUUGGGACCACUUUGAGGAGAAAACUUGAAACAUAACUGCAGUGACUUUAUGAUGACGUCUACUUAUCUGAACCCAUCAGAUUAAAGGUUUUUUUUCCAGUUAAAUGAUUGUUUAAAUGAAAUACUUAGUACUAGUCCAACCCUUAAUCAACAUUUUGUACUGUACUGCCUUUAUUUUGGACGAUUCUCUGGUAUGAUUUAACAGCCAGCCUUCUGCCUGUGUGCCAAAUAUCAACAUGCUGUUCACUCUUCGAGGAUGUGAUGUAUUCUCUUAUAAGUUAUUGUGUAAGCUACUUAUUAUUCUUCAGAUGUGUUUUGUUCAUAGCCACUAAUCAUUUAAGUUUUACAUUUUUUUAUCUAACUCUGUUACCUAAUGACAUCACAAACCACUGCACAGUAAAGUAAUAUGUAGUUAUACACAACUUUAACCUCACAGCUGUGUUGAGGUUUCGGAAAGUAACUUCUGUCGAAUUUUCCUCUGUCCAUUUUUUUUAGCUUCUGUAUUGUCAUAAUGGCUGUAUAUAGUUGACCCCCUGCUGGAAUAUUUCUUCUUCAUUCUUUAGCAAUAUUUUAUACAUAAACGGCAUGUAUUGCCAGAUCCGUACUUCCACGACGAUACCCAUGAA